AUGACUGAAACAAGUAGCCACAUCCCGAAGAAAGUUGACACAAAAGUAAUUAUUAAAAGAAGUACUAUUGAUCAAAUUAUGUCAGAAAGAAAGAAAAGAAAACAAAUGAAAGAACAAAUGAAAAGAAUUCAAAAGAAAAAUAAAAAAAUUCAUAUUAAAUUAAGUCUUGAACAUAUUGUUGCUAUUAAAAAGAAACAACUUAAUGAAACAGCACGUAGUAAUUUUCUUUCUAAAGUAAUGGCUAAACGACCACCACGAGGAUUUACUGAACCAGUUGCUGUUAUGUUAGUUAGAAGUUCAAUAACAGCAACUAAAGAAAUUAAAGAAAUAUUAAAUGGAUUUGGAUUAAGACAACCUAUGGAAACUAGAAUUAUUGUUGGAACACCAGAAAAUAUGACAAAAUUAAAAAUAGUUAAUUUAUAUAUUACUUAUGGUCCUAUUCAUUCAGAAACUAUUAGAGAAUUAAUUAUUAAACGAGGUAGAAUUCAAAUUGGGGAUCAAGAACCUAUUGCUAUUACAAGUAAUAAUAUUGUUAAAGAAGCUUUCUCAGGUAAAGUUGAUAAUAUUGAAUGUAUUGAAGAUCUUGUUAAUGAAAUUACACAAGGUAAACAUUUUGAUGAAAUUUUUAAUAUAUUAUCUCCAUUUAUAUUUUCUAGUGAAAAAUUUAGAAAUUAUAGAUUUAAUAAACUUGGAGGAGUAACAGGAUUACGUGUUACUGGAAUGGAUGAAUGGUUAUUACAACGUAUUUGA